AUGGAGCCUCGGAAGUGUACAGGAUGUGUAUUGAUUGGAGUUUACCUGUGGGCGACGCUCUGCUGUCAAGGUUGUCAUGGGGGUGUGUACCAGAGAAAGCUGUACCGUGACCUGAUGGUCAACUACAAUCGGCUGGAGAGACCGGUACAGAACGACUCAGCACCAAUCGUGGUGGACCUCGGCCUCACACUGCUACAGAUCAUUGAUGUGGAUGAAAAGAACCAAGUGAUGAUCACAAAUGCCUGGCUGCAGCUGACCUGGACAGAUGUUUACCUUUCAUGGAAUCCAGAGAGCUACCCCGGGGUUCAGAACCUUCGCUUUCCUUCUCACCAGAUCUGGGUCCCAGACAUUCUCCUCUAUAACAGUGCAGAUGAGAGGUUUGAUGCUACCUUCCACACUAAUGUGCUGGUCAAUGCCUCAGGAGCCUGCCAGUACAUCCCACCAGGCAUCUUGAAGAGUACCUGCUACAUAGAUGUCCGGUGGUUCCCGUUUGACGUGCAGAAGUGUGACCUGAAGUUCGGCUCCUGGACCCACAAUGGCUGGCUGCUGGACCUCCAGAUGAUGGAUGUAGACAUCUCUACCUACAUACCCAAUGGAGAGUGGGACCUCGUAGGUGUGCCAGCUAAGCGUAAUGAGCUGUACUAUGACUGCUGUAAAGAACCCUACCCCGAUGUGACGUUCACGGUCACCAUGCGCCGCAGGACACUCUACUACGGCCUCAACCUGCUCAUCCCCUGCGUGCUCAUUUCUGGUCUGGCCCUGCUGGUCUUCCUGCUCCCUGCUGACUCCGGAGAGAAGAUUUCACUGGGCAUCACAGUGCUGCUGUCUCUAACCGUGUUCAUGUUACUGGUGGCAGAGAUCAUGCCUGCCACUUCUGACUCCGUUCCUCUGAUUGCUCAGUACUUUGCCAGCACCAUGAUGAUCGUGGGCUUGUCCGUGGUGGUGACAGUGCUUGUACUGCAGUUCCACCACCAUGACCCCCACGGAGGGAAGAUGCCUAAAUGGGUUCGAGUCAUUCUCCUCAACUGGUGUGCUUGGUUCCUCCGCAUGAAGAAGCCUGGAGAGGGAAGGAAAACCGCAGUGAGCUCCACUGGCCCCUCAAACUACAAGUACUCCCACCCUCCUCCUCCUCACCACACCAGCACCAGCAGCAUCCAGAUGAGCUCCAUACCAGGCCAGGCAUCCACCCAGUCGACCACAACCAACGGGAACAUGAACCUGUACUUUGGCUAUCACUCAAUGGGAACAGAAAACCCGGCUUUCCCACCAGGCACCGAUUCCGCUGUGGUGGCGUGCGGUGGUGGCGGUCACCCGAACGACCUCCACUCAGAGCAGAUGCGAACUGUGCUGCUGGAGCAGGUGCCGGAAAUUUCCCAGAUCCUGGAGGAAGUGCAGUACAUCACGAGGCGCUUCAGGGCGCAGGAUGAGGGAGAGGCCAUCUGCAGCGAGUGGAAGUUUGCGGCGGCGGUGGUGGAUAGGUUAUGCCUGGUGGCCUUCUCGCUCUUCUCCAUCAUCUGCACCUUCACCAUUCUCAUGGCAGCACCCAACUUCAUCGAGGCUGUGUCCAAAGACUUCACAUAA